AUUAUCGUGCUAGCCCAGUUGAGUGCUGGCUUUGCAGCCGACAGGUCUGGCCAAAAUGUUAAACCGCUAUUUAAUCUCAAUAGUACUGCUGUCUCCCGCCGUUCUGGCCUACUUCGAGGGCUGUGACAACACCUAUAAUCUCAGUCCGGGUACUGUUUACGUGGAAUCACCCUACUAUCCCAACAAUUAUCCUGCCGGCACAUCCUGUCGUUACAAGUUCAUUGCACCCCUGGACCACUACAUUCAGGUGCAAUGCACCAUUGCAUUGCCAUCGAAUAAUGGCCAGUGCAGCACGGACAACUUUUGGCUGGACAACGAAGGCGAUCUUCUGAUGCGCGGCGCUGAGAAUUUCUGUGGUUCGGGAACCUUUUCGCGAGAGUCCCUGUUCACGGAACUGGUCUUUGCGUACAUUUCCACGGGCACCAAGGGUGGCACCUUCAGGUGCACCCUGACCACCGUCAAACAGAACUGCAACUGCGGCUGGUCGGCCACCUCCAGGAUAGCCAAUGGACAGUCGGCGACUGCCAAUGAGUUCCCCAGCAUGGUGGCCCUCAAGGAUGUUACCAGCAGCCAGCCAUCCUUCUGCGGCGGAACCAUAGUGGCCCAUCGUUAUAUUCUGACUGCUGCCCAUUGUGUCUAUCAGGUGACGCAGGCCACUAAUGUGGUGGCCAUAGCUGGAACCAACAACCUCUUGAAUCCUUCCAGUUCGCGGUACUACCAGCAGUACAACAUCCAGCAGAUGAUACCCCAUGAGCAGUAUGUCAGCGAGCCGAAUGUGAACAAUGAUAUUGCCGUUCUUGUAACAGCCAGCAAUAUUUUAUGGUCCCGGGGCGUAGGACCUAUUUGCCUACCCCCAGUGGGAACAACAGCCUCGUUUUCGUACGAACAAGUUGAUGUGAUCGGUUGGGGAACGCUCUUCUUUGCGGGACCCACGUCCUCCAACCUGCAGAAGAUCAACCUGAUGGUGGUUAACAACCCGGACUGCCAAUCGGAGUACAACGGAGUGGCUAAUAUAUACUCCAGCCAGAUGUGUACCUACGACUAUUCGGGAACAAGCCGAGACUCCUGCCAGUACGAUUCCGGUGGUCCAGUCAUUCUACGGAAAUCCAAGCAAUUCCUCCUGGGAGUGAUUAGCUUUGGCAAGAGCUGUGCCGAGACAUCCUAUCCAAUGGGGGUGAACACCAGGGUAACAUCGUACAUCAGCUGGAUACGCCAGAAAAUUGGCAACUCCAAUUGUGUGGUUACCUUGCAAUAAAAUAAAUGAUCAAGCCAACUGA